UUUAGUUUUUUUUGGUUAAAAGGUAAGAAACGUUUCUUAUAUUACACUAAGAUCCGUAUUAAUCAUAUGCUCUUAUAUACAUUUUUGGGUAUGAAUGCAAGUGCAUAGGUAUAUGCAUGAUGCAUCCAAAUCUAUUUUAAUUUAAUUUCAUAAAUGCUUUGGAUUUUAUACUUCAGCAAUACAGAAACAAAUUAUUUUCCCGUUCCACUAAUUAUUCCUCUUCUUCCUUAAAAGUCUACGCGUUUCAUUUAUUUUAACGUCCGCUCAAACACGUUUCAUAUCACCUAACGAAAAUCUCAGUACAAACGUUUCUAUAAAUUGAACUCUCAUGAAAGCUUCGAAAGAACAUCAAAGCUUUCCUCCACAUCUAUUUUUUGGCCAUGACGGAUCUAACCUUAGAGCUUAAUAUCAACUCAGCAAGUGACCUUGAGUAUGUCAAUCACAUCACAAAGAUGAACGUUUACGCGGUCGUAACCCUUUUGGGCGACAAAAAGAUACAGAAAGUGAAAACCGCGGUAGAUCGCCACGGUGGAUCUAACCCUAACUGGAAUCACGCCUUCAAGUUUUCCGUCAAUGAGAGAUUAGCCAGAGAAGGCCGUUUAACACUCGUCGUGGGAUUGUUCUCCGGUCGAGUCCUAGGCGAUAAAGAUAUUGGUAAGGUAGAGAUCCCGUUGGUUUACCUCUUGCCGUCAACUAACGAUAACAGUAAUGGCCAUGGAAUGAAGUUUGUGACGUAUCAGGUGAGAACUCCUUCUGAGAGAAUGAAAGGUUCUUUGACUUUCUCGUACCGGUUCAAUGGGACAGACGUUAUUUACGGUCCGGUUCACCAACAGGGACCAACGUCGUGGGCUCCUCCACCGAGUCAGCAUGGUUAUGGGCCGUAUCCUUACAUGUCACAGCCGCCGCCACCGACUGGAUAUGGAUACGAAGGGCCGCCGCAGUAUAGGAAGAAUGAAGAGAGGUUGGCGAAAGCUGAUCUUCUUGUUUCAGCUGUGUCAUUACUUCGUUAGUGACAAAAAAAAAUUUAUUAGCCAAUAAAUAUACAAUUUCCAUUUUAUAUA